CCACCACAACCCAACUAUCUAGAUCAGCGACCAUGAAGAGCACCCUCGCCCUCGCAGCCUUCGCCACCACGGCCCUGGGCCAAGGCAUCUUCAUCAAUUCUCCUGCAGCAGGCACCGAACUCCAAGUUGGAGAAACCAUCACCGUCCAGGUCGCUCGCGGCGACUACAUCCAAGCCAUGACGGAAAUCGGCAUCGCGAUCGGCAUCCAAUCCUGCCCCGACACUCGCCCCUGCCCGCCCCCGGACGAAUACCUGCAAUACGUUCUCUACACCGGCCCCUAUGACCCGGAGUAUAAGACGGGCUUCUACGAUCAGUAUCAAAACUUCACGAUCACGGUGCCCGACGUGACCGGACCGGCGCAGAUCGGGGUGUCGAGGGCUUAUCUUGUUGGGGCCGGUUAUUUGACUGUUGUUGGCUCGACGGCGAGUAAUUAUACUAUUGUGGCGUGAUGAAAGGGUG